AUGUCUGACCUCGAAGGCGACAGCACAAUGCACUCCUCGCCCUCCAACGACGAUGACGAAAUGUUCCCCGACGAAGCCAUCCCCAACAACAGCACCCACAACCCUUCGACACCCCACCACCCCGCCCUAGACUCGACCGCCGACCUCUCCCCGCCAAACUCGCAGUCACAAUCGCAACAAGCCCAAUCCCACUCACAGACCCGCGACCCGUCCAACCCAACAACAGGCGUCAACGCAAACGGCAAGCGCCCCCUGUCCGCAGCGCAAAAUGUAGCUGCCAGUAUGCUGGGAGGCGGCGGCACGCAUCAGGAUGCCGAGACGGGCUAUCAGUGGAGUCGGCCGGAGGAUCAGCCCGGGUUUGAGUGGAAGAACAAUAGGGCGCGCGAGGAUGAAUUGAGGGCUUUGGAUGUGAUUAUUCAUUUGGGCAGGCAGAUCAAGACGAGAUACGGUGAUCCGCUCGACCCAACUGUCCCUGCCAAAACGAAGCGAUGA